GGCUCACAAUCGACAAAGAGACUUUACAGAUUCGGUGGUUGCCAGAUUGACCGGACGAUCCUAGAAAUAUUGCUGAGAUCGUUCGGUCAAUUUUUAUUUUGUGAAUCCAGUUAUUGUUUCUGGUGAAUUUAGUGACGUAAAAUAACAUGUGAUCUGUUCGAAGAUCGAUUUUUGGUUUUCUGAAGCUUUCGAUUUCAUAAGGUUCACAAAGAAGAAAUCAACUGAGGGAGGAGUCACAAUCGAUCUGGAGAACCUGCUUCAUCUCAUUGUCUUGGUGAAAAAUUAUGUCAAAAACCGUUGGAGAAGUACCUGCAAAGCACGCCAAUGGGGUUGCGAGGUGUGUUGCAGUGAUGAAGAAGCACAUUGAAGAUUCUGGAGGCAGUCAUCAAUGGAUUGCCAAUGAUUUCGAACUCGGUGCUCCCCUGGGAAGCGGCCAGUUCGGCAGAGUUUAUCUCGCUAGAGAGAAGAAAACUCAGUACAUCGUAGCCCUGAAGACAAUGAACAAGAAACAACUGAGGAUGGCUCACAACGAGAAACAAGUUCUUCGUGAAAUUGAAAUCCAAUCACACUUGAUCCAUCCCAACAUUCUACGGCUGUUCACUUACUUUCAUGACGAGAAGGAUAUUUUCCUGGUUCUCGAAUAUGCUGCAGGGGGGGAGCUCUACAGAAAACUGAGAAGACAACCCGGAGGGAGGUUCACCAAUCACUUGGCUGCUAAAUACACGUAUCAAGUGGCUGAUGCUCUUGACUUUUGUCACCAGAAUGAUGUCAUUCAUAGAGACAUUAAGCCUGAGAAUCUGCUGCUCGAUUGGAAUGGGAAUAUUAAACUUGCAGACUUUGGAUGGUCUGUGCAUACUCCAUCAUUGAUGCGACAUACGAUCUGUGGGACGAUUGACUAUUUACCACCAGAAAUGGUCCAAGGAAAGGCCUAUGGUAUCUUCGUCGACCAUUGGUGCCUGGGGGUUUUGUGUUAUGAAUUAUUGGUGGGGAAACCGCCAUUUCUCAGCUCUUCUAAGACCAAAACCUUCGCAAAAAUCAGGGCUCACCGUAUUACCUGGCCACGGCACAUUUCAUUAGGAGCCAAGGAUCUUAUUUCGAAGUUGAUACACAAGAAAGCUUAUGAACGAAUCCCAUUAGAGGAUGUGAAGGAGCAUUUCUGGAUUCUCAAAUACAAAGAUACACCGUAAAUCUAACAAAUGAAACCGAGACUUGUUGCACCUAUAAAGGCAAUUUCCACCCCGAAUAGGUGCUAUCAGUUCUGCAUUUGUGAAGAGAAAGUCAUACGAAAAAAUCGAUUUAUCGAUCAUGAAAUUCCUCGCGAUUUUUGUGGUUAUUGCAAUGGUGGCAGCGGCUGUUAGUGGACAAUGUGUACCGAACGGCCAAAAUAUUGGAUCGACAUGUGAACAAGCAGAUAGGUGUUGCUCUCGUCGCUGUUGGUUCGGCAGAUGUUUCUAAACACAUAUCCAGUCGCAUGAGAGAGGAGUUGUCCCAAACAUGAAGGUUCCAUCAAAUGCUCAUCUCCUGGAAAGACUCUCAGUGCUGUGGAUAUCGUACAAAUACUUAUUCAAAUAAAUGAGUAUUAUUACGUACUGGUUUUACCCCACCCUUUCAGACAUCCAGUUAUACGAUCGUCUUCCUCAUUAUUUUUAUUUUGUUAUCCGUCACUCUUUUGUAUCUCUUUAUAUUUUAUUUUAGUGCAAAUUACUUACCAAAAUUAUUCAUUAUAAAACUUGGAAAUUGAGCGCAGAUGAUCUCAUGCUGAGAAAAAAAACUGAGAUUACGAAAUGUUUGUCCAAAAGAUAAAGACAAGUCAUUAAUGUAAAGAAAAUGAUUUCUCACAUCAAUUGAAGUUUGUUUUGUACUGAAAUACUUAAAUAAUUACCGAAUAUAUUUCUCUUUUAUCCUGUUCCGAGA